UACGGAUCGGAGCUGCUCUCGGAAGUCUUAACAACGCCUGAAAACCCUUAGCCAGGAUUUCCGGCUCCUUUCCAUUUGCCCUAUGCUGUUUUGUUUCCGUUUAUUCUAUUUCCGUUUUAAAACUUUUCUUCGCCCAGAGUUUGAUUGUUCACUUAUAAAGACGCGUUAAAGUUACAAAUCGUGACGGGCUUUUCGGAUAUUUGAACAGUUGUUUAGCACGCGGUGACCGACGGUUGUGUAAUGCUCUGCCUCGCCUCCGCGAUUCUAUUUUGUAGCUAAAUUGCUAAACAUUCGGACUUGUUUCGUGUUGCCACACAGUCUACGUGUUGUGUAUUUUUGCAAUCAGUAGCUAUAUAAACUGUUAUAUCUGAGCAUUAUAUACAGAAUUGUCUCUCAUGGCCUGUAAGUUAGCCUUAAAACGGCUAAACCUCGCCCUCGAGUUAGCUUCCAUUAGCUGAGAGGGAACUGUCCCUGACAGCCAAUGGGAAGUCGGGGCUCUGAGGCCUUUCUUGCAGCAAACAUUCACACAUUUCUGAUAAACUAAUGUGACAGUAAAAUCACAAUAAGAUUACAAUGUUUAAAAUGUUUGUAAUUAUUUUUCAUUGUUAAAUUAUGAUUUUAUUAUGGUAUUUUAGGCAAUUAUGCAACCCAAGAAUUGGAAAGUUUUGCCAAUAAGCUAUUGCAUUUGAAGGGAUCAGCGUUGUCUUGUGAUAUUAAGAAGAAAGAUGCAACAAUACAGGCUAUCAUCAAACAGAAUGGCUAAAAGUGAGUCAGAAGAGAUGAUAGAGAUAGAGAUUGACGAACAGGAGAAACAGGCGUGCAUGGAGGAAGGAGCUGAAGAGCAGACUAUCACUGCAUCUGACUUGAUUCAACAAGAUAUUGACAUCAACGAACCAAUUGGCAAUUUAAAGAAACUUCUGGAGCCUCGAAUCCAAAUCCCACUGGACACAUUUGACAUCUGCUUGCAGGAUAUUCAGCUCCAUCCCGAUCACAGUCUUUUUGAUCAGGGAGUGAAAACGGAUGGUACGGUGCAGCUCAGCCUGCAGAUCAUAACCAAACCAGGAGAGGAGAAGCUGAACAUUUUGGAAAUCGUGAAGCCGGUAGAGACAGUGGAAGUGGUGAUUGAUCCGGAUGCAGCGGGAGAGGAUAGCACCUUGGUGGAGGAGGGACAGCUCAUCGCAGUAGAGCGGUCUGCUCUGUCCGAUGAGACCUCAGAGCAGGUCACACGCUGGGCCGCAGCACUAGAAGGUUACCGCAAGGAGCAGGUUCGGCUCGGAAUUCCAUACGAUCCCAUGCUCUGGACAGCUGAUCAGGUGAUCCACUGGGCUGUUUGGGUAAUGAAGGAGUUUAACAUUGAUGAGAUGGAAAUCGGCAGCAUUCACAUCCCGGGCAGAGAGCUCUGCAGCUUCAGUCAGGAAGAGUUUCUUCACAAAGUUCCCAAUGGAGAGAUUCUGUGGAGCCACCUGGAACUCCUGCGUAAAUAUGUGUUGGCCAGCCAGGAUCAGUCCGGAGGAGACGCCACCGUCACUAUCGAUCAACCUGUGCAGAUAAUUCCAGCUCAGGUGAGCACGCCUACAGCUAUAAAGGUGCUGAAACAGAACCGUGGCCCAAGGGCGCCCCGAAUUUCAGGAGAAGAGCGCAGUUCACCUGGAAACCGCACAGGUAACAAUGGUCAGAUCCAGCUGUGGCAGUUCCUGCUGGAGUUGCUGACGGAUAAAGAUUCAAGAGACUGCAUCUCCUGGGUUGGAGAGGAAGGAGAGUUCAAACUUAACCAACCGGAGCUCGUAGCACAGAAAUGGGGCCAACGCAAAAACAAGCCCACAAUGAACUAUGAGAAGCUCAGCCGAGCUCUCAGGUAUUACUACGAUGGGGACAUGAUCAGUAAGGUGCAGGGCAAGCGGUUCGUCUACAAGUUUGUGUGCGACCUGAGGACUCUGAUUGGCUACAGUGCCGCCGAGCUCAACGGCCUUGUGACAGAAUGUGAGCAGAAGAAGCUGGCGCUUAUGCAGUUGCACAGCAUCAACCAGCCCAUCACCACGGUGACCCUGGCAACCACCGCGCUGGACAAGGACAGCUGAAGCAGGCAGCAUUAGUUCUCCACCGCUGACUGCAAAUCAAAACGAACCCUGAUCCGUGUGGAUGAGAUGCUUUUAUUACCUUCAGAUUGAGGCAGGGGAAGUUCCUCGGCUUUCAUCAACUCUACACCGGAGAAGCGUGAAGAAAGAAUGCUUACGAUAACAGAUAUGAGCGCAUGACUGAAAGCUCGAGUGACUGAAAACCCAUAGCCCCGAAUGUCUGUAGUUGAGCGUUCCCAUUGUAUAUACCGGUUACUUCCUGUUUUUGAUAGCCACGCAAGGCAAGUGUAUUUUCAUAUUUUCCAUUUAUAAAUGAACUGUUUUGUAUUUUUAUUUAGUUUCCUAAACUGCUGGACCCUUUUUGUCCACUAGGGGGGAAUAAAGUGACAAGCUUUCUUA